AACUUUCUGCGUCACACACGUGGAAGUGUACAGUGUGCGAACAGCCCCAUGGAUUCCACACGGUGUCACAUUUGUCCUCCAACACAACUAGUUGGAAAGAUUCACAUUGAAUUCAAGCAACACCCUUCCAAUCAAUCGCCCGUGACGAUCCAACCAAGCAUUUCCCGACGCUCCUGACUUGAAAACGGCUGGCUUUUCCAUUGAUAAACCGACUCCGCCAUCAACGCGACUGCGCUAUACGUCUCCAAGUCGCGCCGACACUGCGGAGGCCAUGGCUGGCUUGCCCAUCGAUCGGCGCCAUCUACAAGCUUGAUCACGGGUCUUCCUGCGUCGCGAAGCUAGGACGAGACCGACGACCCCCGAGCCUCCAGCAAUGACGGCCCAACAUCCCGCGUUCGAGACCUUCUACGACGAUCAGGUUACGGCGCACCGACAACUCUACUCUCGCGAAAACGUCUGGGACCGACUGUCUCAGCCAACCAUCCUCGUUUCUACCCUUAUCCUCCUCGUCACCGUCGGCUACAACCUAUAUGGGUCCUCAGCCACUCUUGAAGGGACGAUAUCGCUACUGGGAACGUGUCUGUGGGACGCGCUCGUCUUCAUUUUACCCGGAAACCUCCUGGAUACGGUUGACGAUUGGAUCAAUCCAUCCCUGGCGCCACGACCGAUGUUACACCCCGAGCAGAGCGCCCAUGCUGCGAAGAGCGAUACCAUGAAGAGGAUUCUGGGGUUGGACCGCUCCGGCGGGAUGAUGGCCUCAGUUUUCCAGGCGCGAAAUCGAGCCUUGUCGAUGACCGGCAGCGUGCUGGGCAUCAAGGUCGAGCCGGACCGACCGGCAGGCCUGGGGAACCGCGACAACUCCUGUUAUCAGAACAGCAUUCUCCAAGGCCUGGCCUCUCUAAAACCUCUACCCGAAUACCUCUCCGCCUACCUCCAAGCUUCUGAGGGUGAAGACGACGACCAGGACGUCGCGCAGACGCUACGGACCUUGAUAUCCGACUUGAACGACGCUUCAAAUAAUGGGAGGACGCUAUGGACUCCAAAUCUCCUCAAAUCGAUGAGCACAUGGACGCAACAAGAUGCUCAGGAGUACUACUCCAAGAUCUUGGACGACGUCGACAAGAGCGUAGCCAAGGCCAUGAAACCUACGCAACAACACCCUGGGUUGCAAGCCAACAUCGCAAAGGACGAUACAGCGGCCAGCCAGCACAGCGACGACAGCGGCUACCAGAGCAUGUCAAGCUCAAAGACUUCAGACACGAAGCUCCCUCGAAAUCCAUUGGAAGGCCUCCUGGCGCAGCGCGUCGCGUGCGUCCAGUGCGGGCAUUCGGAUGGACUGUCUAUGAUACCGUUCACCUGUUUGACGCUCAGCCUCGGAUUGAACAAGAACCAGCAUGAUCUAUAUGAACGAUUGGACGCAUACAGUAAGGUCGAGUCCAUCGAGAAUGUAGAGUGUGCGAAAUGCACUCUUUUGAAAGCUCAGAGGCUCCUGACCAAGCUUGUUGAGAAGAUGCGCGAGGGUUCUACGAGCGAAGAGCAGUUGGCAGAGCCUCUGCGAAGACUGGAGGCAGUGGACCUGGCACUCGAGGAAGACGAAUUUGACGAGAAGACGUUGACUGAGAAGUGUAAAAUCUCACAACAAAGCAAGGUCAGCUCUACCAAAACCAAGCAGAUCGUGGUGGCUCGUCCGCCACAAAGCCUGGCAGUCCACAUGAACCGCUCUGUCUUUGAUCCUACGACGUUCAACAUGAUGAAGAACUCUGCGCCAGUCAACUUUCCCAUGACUCUGGAUCUUGGCCCCUGGUGCUUGGGCAGUGCUGGAGCGGCCCCGGUCGACGCCUCCGACACGGAGACUGAGGAGCAGUGGCAAUCGGACCCCAGGGAGUCGAUGAUUGCGGGCGACUUGAACCCUUCGAAGCUGACGGGGCCCAUUUACGAACUCCGCGCUGUGGUGACACAUUACGGGCGACACGAGAAUGGUCAUUACAUUUGUUACCGCAAGCACCCUCGGAACAUGGCUCCUCCCCAGCUUGUCGAUGACAAGGAGGCUUCAGCUGAACCCGGCGAUCAGGAUGACGAGCCUGUGGCACAGCCUGACGUAAUAAAGGCGGAGCUGAGUAAGGCGGACGAGGCGGGACAAGUUGAGAUGGAUUGGUGGAGGCUGAGUGACCACAACGUGUCAAUGGUCAGCGAGGAGACGGUGUUGAGUCUCUCGCCAGGGGUGUUCAUGCUGUUCUACGACUGCGUAGACCCGAACACUGUAUUGACAGCCGAGGACGGGCCCAUGCAGGACGCUCAAGAGGGAGCGGAUACUGCGGCACAGGGAGCAGAUAGCGGACAAGUCUCGGUUGCCUGCGAGAAUGGUGCAAAAAAGACAUUGGCCGAUUGUAUCGAAGGGCAGGACGAACCAGCUGAGGCGGAGACGGAGACUGAAACGGAUGGCUUUGUUUCGACACCAGCGACCAGCACAGCCACGACAGAGGAGACUGAUACCCCUGACAUUGGGCCGGUAGCGGUGGUCGAGACUCUUCACUCGGCCGAGCAACAGGAGGAAGCUCGUACGGAGACAACAUGAACGACAACAACAACAGUGGUGCGAUAGAAAGGGAUGCGCGCAGUAUGAUUACUCCAUUCCGCACGUGGAAUGCGCGCUGCACCCACACGCUCACUCUCACGGGCUGGAGUUGCAAACUUGACUUGCAUAGCGACGGCGUUGAGGCAUGAUCCAUGCAGGAUGGAUGGUCUUGGAUAGGCGAUUUUCCUCCAGACACAAACACAGCAUGCAUGACGGAAUGUUUUUUAGUAGGACGGUGUUUUUACGGCAGCAUAGUCAUACAAAUGAGACACAGA